UUACCGCAGUACCGUACCCGGAUUAUCGCACGCGCGUACGCACACACACACACACACACACACACACACAACCCGGUGUGGUGUAGCAGCGAUCAUUCAUACAAACGCAUGCGUAAAAACAAAUAAAUAUUACUACCCACUAAUAUACACACACGCGUAGCGGAAACAUGUCCUCAAAGCAAGAGGAGAAGAAGGAGUCUGGCGGAUGGAAAGAAUUCUUCUGGAACCCCCGAACACACGAGCUGCUGGGCCGAACCGCAAGCAGCUGGGGUUUGAUUAUACUUUUCUAUGUGGUCUUCUACACAUUCCUUGCUGGAAUGUUCUGCCUCACCAUGUAUGUUAUGCUGCUCACACUCGAUGAUUACACACCCACCUGGCAGGACAGACUUGCAACACCAGGAUUGAUGAUCAGGCCUAAAGGUGAAGAUUUGGAGAUCAUAUAUAAUAUAAAAAACACUGAGAGCUGGGACCAGUAUGUUCAAGCACUCAACACCUUUCUCAUCCCUUAUAAUAAUUCUCAGCAGGUGCUGAAUAAUGAUGCGUGUGCUCCAGAUCAGUAUUAUUUUCAGGAGGACAGCGGGAAUGUGCGUAAUAACCCCAAAAAGGCGUGUCAGUUUAAUCGCACUAUGCUCGAUCAGUGCUCAGGACUUGUGGAACAAACCUACGGUUACAGUGAUGGAAAGCCCUGUGUACUCAUUAAACUGAACCGGGUUAUUGGAAUGUUGCCAGGAAAAGAUGGCCAGUCCCCAUACAUCACCUGUGGAGCAAAGAAGGAGGACAGUGAUAUUCAAGUCACUUAUUUUCCUCCAAAUGGGACGUUUAAUCUGAUGUAUUAUCCGUAUUAUGGACAACGUGCUCAGGUGAACUACACACAGCCUCUGGUCGCAGUGAAGUUCAUGAACGUAACUCUGAACACUGACGUGAACAUCGAGUGCAAAAUCAACUCCAACACAAUCACAGAGUUUAGUGAACGUGACAAGUUUGCUGGGAGAGUGUCCUUUAAACUGCGCAUCAACUCUGACUAAAUACACACACACACACACACACAGACACACACACACACACACACACACACACACACACACACAAAUAUAGCCACACACUCUCCGAUAUACACAUACUCCUGGCACACACACACACUCUCUUUCUCUUUCUCUCUCUCUCUCUCUCUCUCUCUCUCUCUCUCAC